AUGGACGCCGAUGAGGCUGCGGGAAGUAGCAGGAGGAUGGAUCUGAACCUGUACCUCGGCCUCCCCCGCGCCCCGCGGUCCCGCCGCUCCGACCUCGGCUCCGACCUCGCGCUCAGCACCCCGAUGCCCUCCUCGCCCUCCUCCUCCGCCGCCUCCGUCGACGCCCCUCCGCCUCCGGAGCCCCCGCAUGCCCCCUACUCCCCGUCUCGCGCCGACCUGUCUCCCCCGCCACCGGAGGUGUACUCCUCGUACCACCCCGAGGACGCGCACCUGCCGUACGCGCCGCCUCUGCCGCCGGUCAUCCAUGAGCUCCCGGACGACAUCGGCUUCGGCUUCCACCCCCCGCCAUCGCUGGUGCGAGCCAGCGAGUUCCUCUGGGAGGACCGCCCGUCUUCAUCGACGGCCUCCUCCUCCUUUCUCCCCGACGCUGCAACAAGGUACAGGCAGCUGCUUGAGCAGACAGGAAGCCGGUGGCUCCGCUCUAGGCCCACCGGGCGGUUUAGAUCGGACCUUCCACCGCUCAGCUCCGAGGCUCAACCCUUGGGGCAUCAUGAUGCAGCAGUGCCGGUGCCACAUCAUGAGCCGACAAUUGAUGUCGUUGGAGAUGAUAAGGUAACCGGCAAUGGAGUGGAAGUAGGUGCCUCGGAGGAGUCGGAGGAGCGGGGCAAGAGUGUCGCCACAUUUGAGUGCAACAUAUGCUUUGAGAUGGCCGGAGAGCCGGUGGUCACUUCUUGUGGCCAUCUCUUCUGCUGGCCCUGCUUAUACCAAUGGCUUAAUGUUUACUCCAACCACAAGGAAUGCCCAGUCUGCAAGGGCGAGGUGACGGAGGCGAAUAUCACUCCUAUCUAUGGUAGAGGGAAUUCUUGUUCAGAUGCAGAGAAGGCUGUGGAUGAAGGCAAGCAGCCAGGUCUUACAAUCCCACCAAGGCCACAUGGGAAUCGUCUUGAAAGUUUCCGGCAGCAGUUCCAGCACUUACGUCCAAUGUCAAGAAGGCUUGGUGACGCACAUGGGAUACUGUCAUCGUGGAGGCGCCUUCUUGAUCAACAAAUCAUGAGUAGUGUGAGUAGAUUCGAAGGCCCGUCUGAACCAGCUGUGCAUGAAACAGGUGACAUUGCUCCACACACUGGCCGCCUAAGUAGAUUGACCACAAGGAUGAGAGCAAGACGGUUGUUGAGCGAGGUAGAUAACUCUCCUGAUGGUGCUUUUGUUGCCCCUGAUAGUGGUCUGCCUGGAAAUAGUGCGCCAGAUGCACCUAGAGAUGGUUCAAGCCCGGUUUUACCAGAAGGAUUUGAUUUGUUGCAACGGCUUACUCUUAUUGGCAUUGCAAAUACAGAAAGAUUGGCAACUGCCAUGAGUGACCUUAGAAGGAUAGCUACACCUGGCCAACACGGAGCAUCUGCUUCAUACCUUAGAAGGUUAGCUACACCUGGCCAAUACGGAGGAUCUGCUUCAUCGUCGAACCCUUUGAAUCCCGAGGCAACCGUCGACGGAACCCAUGUUGGUGCAGCGCCUUCUACAGACCAAGCAUCAAACUCGAGCACCAUUGCAGUGAUACAGGGGGAUGCAGGUGUUUCUGAGACGGCGGGAGAGCCUAGUAACGCAGGUUCUUCGAGAACCCUGAGGAGGAGGGGGAGGAGCAGUGCGUUGGCUUCUUUAGAUGUGGAUGGUGCUCCCCCACAGCGCAACAAGAGGCGGAGGAUGUAG